AUGUAUUGUAUAUUACGUUUAAUCUUUAUCAUAUUUUUUGUUGAUAGUAUUAAAAUAAGUCAUCUAUUUCAAGAUAAGAAUCCGUUUACUACAAAUAAAAAUGAUACUGACAGCAGUGGAAAUCCUAAAAAAAAAUUUAUGCUUAUUCCAAGUAUUGGUUAUGAAAUGAAUGAUAAACCUGGUAAAUUUACUUUCAUAUUGAAUGGAUGGUAUUAUAAACCAGUAGAUUCAGGUUUCAUCAAAAUUAUUAUUAAAACUACUCUUCAAGCAGCACUAAGUGUUUUGGAUAGUAGUUCAACAUCUAAUGAAGAAAUUGAACAAGAACGUAUAGAACCAUUUUUUGUUACUGAUGUUACAGAUCAUAAAAUAAAAUUAAAAUUAACUGAUUCUAUUUCUGAAAUUGUAUCAACUGAUAAAAAUGGUCGUUUUUAUAAAGAUAUUAUUGUAGAUUCAUUAAAUGGAUUAAAUAUACAAAAACAAGAAUUAAAAUAUACUGCUUUUGAUAAUGAUAAUCAACAAAAUGCAUAUGAAGGUAUUAUUUAUUUAAUGAAAAAUAAAAAUCGUAUUGGAUGUUUAAUUAUUUCGGAUAUUGAUGAUACUAUUAAAAUAUCUGAAGUUCCAUUUAAAACAAAAUUAAUGAUUAAUACAUUUAGAAAACCAUUUCAAGCAGUACCAGGUAUGUCUCAAGCUUAUCGUUCAUGGGAAUCUUCAGAUCAAUGCUCAAUACAUUAUGUUAGUGCAAUGCCUUCACAAUUAUAUUAUGCAACACAAACAUUUCUUAAUAAAGAAAAUUUUCCUGGUGGUUCAUUUCAUAUGCGUCAUUUAAAGUUGGCUGAUUCGGAUAAACUCAAUCUAAUUAAUAGUAUCAUUGAUUUUGUUAAACAUGAUGCAUCACGAAAACAUAAAAUAAGUGUAAUAGAAAAUAUUCUUACCUAUGCUUCAAUAAAACAAAAAUUUGUUAUGGUCGGUGAUUCAGGUGAACUUGAUCCAGAAAUUUAUGGAGAAAUUGCUCGAAAAUAUCCUGAUAGAAUUAAAAUGAUUUUCAUACGUAUUGUUCCAGGUGGUAAAAAUAAUAAUAGUCGAUUUGAAAUAGCUUUUCGAAAUGUACGUCAAGAUAAAUGGAAGACAUUUUCUGAUGCAACUGAACUACCUAAGAAAUUAUAUAAUGAUACAAAUUCAAUAAACGAAAGCGGUGGUGGCGAUGGUAAUAUUCAUUCUGUUUAUUCGAAUAAUACAAAUAUUUUAUCGACAUCUUUGUUCUAUAUUAUCAUAUCCGUACUUUUAACAUUAAUAUACUUUUAA